CGAUUUUGUUUUACCUCAAAAACCCUUUCAAGCUCAAGCGCCGGCGUUCUCUAGCCAAACUCGAUUUCGUUUCUCUGUUGAGAUUGAUCUUUGAGAUUUACUAGAUCCAAAGAUGGAUGGGAUAAAGCUCUCGUUCCCACCGGAAAGUCCACCACUUUCAGUCAUCGUUGCUCUUUCUCUCUCAGCUUCUCCGGUCACUAUUGAUUCCUCCGCCUCUGUAACCACCGUCCCUUCUUUUGUCUUCUCCGACGGGAGGAAAUUGAGUGGAACCACCGUUCUUCUUCGCUAUGUUGGUCGAUCAGCGAAUACGCUUCCUGAUUUCUAUGGCAACAAUGCUUUUGAUUCUUCUCAGAUUGAUGAGUGGGUAGAUUACGCUUCUGUCUUCUCUUCUGGUUCAGAGUUUGAGAAUGCUUGUGGUCGUGUUGAUAAGUAUCUCGAGAGUCGUACGUUUCUUGUUGGUCAUUCUCUUUCCAUUGCUGAUGUUGCUAUUUGGUCAGCUCUUGCUGGAACUGGCCAAAGAUGGGAAAGUUUGAGGAAGUCGAAAAAGUAUCAGAGUUUAGUUAGAUGGUUCAAUUCUAUAUUAGACGAGUACAGUGAGCUGCUUAACAAGGUUCUAGCAACAUAUGUGAAGAAAAGCUCAGGGAAGCCUGUUGCUGCACCUAAGUCUAAAGACAGCCAACAAGCUUUGAAAGGAGAUGCUCAGGAUAAAAGCAAACCUGAAGUGGACUUGCCGGAAGCAGAAAUUGGAAAGGUUCGACUCCGGUUUGCUCCAGAGCCAAGUGGUUAUCUUCACAUUGGACAUGCUAAGGCUGCGUUGCUGAACAAGUAUUUCGCUGAGCGUUACCAAGGGGAAGUGAUUGUGCGUUUUGAUGAUACUAACCCUGCUAAAGAAAGCAAUGAGUUUGUGGAUAAUCUUGUGAAGGAUAUUGGGACCUUGGGGAUCAAGUAUGAGAGAGUGACUUACACUUCGGACUAUUUUCCUGAACUGAUGGAAAUGGCGGAAAAACUGAUGCGUGAGGGUAAGGCAUAUGUUGAUGACACACCGAGGGAGCAGAUGCAGAAAGAGAGGAUGGAUGGGAUUGAUUCGAAAUGUAGGAAUCAUAGCGUCGAGGAGAAUUUGAAGCUAUGGAAGGAAAUGAUUGCGGGAAGUGAGAGAGGAUUACAGUGCUGCGUUCGUGGGAAAUUCAACAUGCAAGAUCCCAACAAAGCCAUGCGCGACCCGGUUUAUUAUCGAUGCAACCCUAUGUCUCACCACCGUAUUGGGGAUAAGUAUAAGAUAUAUCCAACAUAUGACUUUGCUUGCCCGUUUGUCGAUUCCCUUGAAGGGAUAACGCAUGCCCUUCGGUCUAGUGAGUAUCAUGACCGGAAUGCUCAGUACUUUAAAGUUCUGGAGGACAUGGGAUUACGACAGGUUCAGCUUUACGAAUUCAGCCGGUUAAAUCUGGUUUUUACACUUCUCAGUAAGCGCAAGCUUCUCUGGUUUGUCCAGACUGGAUUGGUUGACGGGUGGGAUGAUCCACGCUUCCCGACAGUCCAAGGAAUUGUUCGUAGAGGUUUGAAAAUCGAGGCUCUGAUUCAGUUCAUUCUUGAGCAGGGGGCUUCGAAGAAUCUAAAUUUGAUGGAAUGGGACAAACUUUGGUCUAUUAAUAAGAGAAUAAUUGAUCCUGUGUGCCCUAGACACACGGCUGUGAUUGCAGAGCGUCGUGUACUAUUUACCUUAACAGAUGGUCCUGAUGAGCCGUUUGUUCGCCUGAUACCAAAGCACAAGAAAUUCGAAGGUGCUGGAGAAAAGGCGACCACUUUCACCAAGAGCAUUUGGAUUGAGGAAGCUGAUGCGAGUGCAAUAUCCGUUGGUGAGGAAGUAACUUUGAUGGAUUGGGGAAAUGCCAUAGUUAAGGAAAUCACAAAGGACAAGGAGGGUCGUGUCACUGCAUUAUCUGGCGUUCUGAAUCUCCAAGGUUCUGUAAAGACUACAAAGCUAAAGCUCACAUGGCUUCCCGAUACCAAUGAAUUGGUCAAUCUCACAUUAACUGAGUUUGAUUAUUUAAUCACCAAGAAGAAGCUCGAAGAUGAUGAUGAAGUUGCUGAUUUUGUGAAUCCUAACACAAAGAAGGAAACUUUGGCACUUGGUGAUUCUAAUAUGAGGAAUCUGAAAUGUGGAGAUGUGAUUCAGCUUGAGAGGAAAGGCUAUUUCAGAUGUGAUGUUCCAUUUGUCAAAUCUUCAAAGCCCAUCGUCUUAUUCUCGAUUCCAGAUGGAAGAGCGGCUAAGUGAUGAAUGAACUAUUUUUGUGUUUCCCAUUUUAUGAAAAUUGUGUUGAGAAUUUGCUACUUAGGUUUAAGACAAUGAAAAACAGAGCUCUUUUAUCAGUUCUGUGCUUAAUUUUUCAUCUCAUAAUAGUUUAAAGUUGCAAACUUUAUCUUGAUUCA